UUUUACUUUCUCUGCAUUUCUGUGUGUUUGUGUUCUUCUUAUGUGCUAAUGAUCCAUCAUCUCCACUUCAUCGGUGAGUUUUGGUUAUCAAGCGUCGUAAAAAUAGUAGAGUGGGUUUCGGAAACUCUGUUUCUGAAGAAUCUUCUCAGUGAAGGAAGCAGACGAAGAUCAUCAAUGGCCUUCGUAAUGAAGUCCAAGCGAGACGGUGGAUUUCACGGCGAGAGAGAGGAAUUAGAGCUAGGGUUAGGGUCGGUGAGGUUCACGCGAGGGUUAGGGAGGAAAAGGAUUUUGAUUUCAAGCAGAGUCCGCGAAUCUCUGUCCAGAUCGGCCGUUGAGAUUCCGGCAACUGAAUCGUCUCCGGUGAAGAGUUCGUUAAAGAGACAGCGAAGCUUAAACAUCGUUUCUUCGUCAUCCCUCCUUGAAUCUCUGCCUCAAGAACUCUUGAUUCGCGUGAUUUGUGGUGUUGAUCAUAAGGAUCUCAAGAGUCUAAAUAUUGUAUCUAAAUCAAUCAGAGAAGCUAGUUUGAUAGCAAAAAGGUUACAUUUUGCGUACACCACACCCAAGAAGACACGAGCAGCUUUCCGAAACCAAAUAGAUAUCGAGGAGAGUUCGGAUUCGAGCCAUCAAGUGGAAGACACUGAGCCUCCUAACGCACCGGUUCAACGUCGUUGGACCAAGGCUAAGAGGAAAGAGCAACUCUCUAAUGUCUCGGUGGCUCUUUUGGGGUGUAGUCAGAGUAUCCAAGGGUGCAAUAAAGAUAUAUCAGUUCUUAAGUAG